AAGAAGAAGGGGGACAAGGGGGGAUUCCGGCCAGCCCAGGGAGGCCAAGGGAAGGGCAGCAGGAUGGAGCCCUCCGGCCCAGAGCCCCCCCGGAGGAGCCCCGGCGGCGGAGGACUGCCAGCAGCCGCCUUCCUCCUCCUCCUCCUUCCAGGCCCGGCUCUGGCGCAACCUGCAGCUGGGGGGCAAGAGCAAGGCCAGGUCGGGCCUCAGCAGCAGCAGCAGCAGCGGGCGCCACAGUGCGGACACCUCGCCCUCUUUGCCCCGGGCUCGUCCCGCCUCAAGCAAAGGGGAGCCCUUGGCCGCCGGGGGCCCCCGAUGGCGCCGCAAGCAGCAGCAGCCCGUCCUGGACCGGGUCUUCUCCUCCUCGCAGCCCAACCUCUGCUGCUCCUCCACCGCCGAGCCCCUGGAGGCCGCCAGCGCCGAGGCCGGCUCUGCUCUGCGGCGCCUCCGCGAACACAUCCUCCAGCACCAGCACCAGCCCCAAGCCCCUCCAGCCCCCCAGCAGCCCCCCUCCGCGGGCCCAGGCCGGGAUGGGGCUCCCCAGGCAGCCCAAGAGGCCGCCCCGACAGCCCCAGCCCCGCCGGGGAAGCCCCUCUCCCACCAGAAGAGCUCCUCUCUCCCGGGAACUGCCUGCCUGGAGCAACUGCUGCUGCCGCCGCCGCCAGAGUCGCCCUCCAAGGGCAAGGGCCACGCCAAGAAGGAGAAGGAGAAGGAGAAGGGGGCCAGCCCCGCCAAGAGCCCCCCGCCCUCCGCCCCGAAGAGGACCAAUCCUGCUGGAACAAGUAAUGCAGAAUUAGCCCAAACGGAUCCCGGGAUGUACCAGUUGGACAUUACAUUAAAAAGAGGUCAAAAUUUAGCUGCUCGUGAUCGAAGAGGGACAAGUGAUCCAUAUGUCAAGUUUAAAAUUGGUGGGAAAGAAUUUUUCAGAAGCAAAACAAUCCAGAAAACACUUAAUCCUGUAUGGGAAGAAGGAACUUCCAUUAUUAUUGAACAUCUACGGGAACAACUGUAUAUAAAGGUAUUUGAUUAUGACUUUGGGCUUCAAGAUGACUUUAUAGGGUCAGCUUUUUUGGAUCUGAAUUCACUAGAACAAAACAGGCCAAUUGAUGUUACGCUAAGUCUAAAAGACCCACAUUAUCCUGAUGAUGACCUUGGAAUUAUAUUACUGUCUGUGCUGCUGACACCAAAAGAACAACAGACGGAAGGGUUUCAGACCCAGAGUAUACGUCUGUCAGACCUACACAGAAAAGCUCAAUUGUGGAGAGGAAUAGUCAGUAUCACUUUGAUUGAAGGUUGUGAACUCAAGGCCAUGGAUCCAAAUGGGCUCAGUGAUCCUUACGUGAAAUUCCGGUUGGGACAACAGAAGUACAAGAGUAAGAUUAUGCCAAAAACUUUGAAUCCUCAAUGGAGGGAACAAUUUGAUUUUCAUCUCUAUGAUGAAAGAGGUGGAAUUAUUGAUAUUACAGUCUGGGACAAAGAUGCUGGCAAAAAGGAUGAUUUUAUUGGCAGGUGCCAGGUUGACCUGUCAACUCUGAGUAAAGAGCAAACCCAUAAACUUGAUUUGCCUCUGGAGGAAGGGGAAGGCUAUCUAAUACUACUAGUCACCUUGACUGCCUCUGCUGCAGUGAGCAUCUCUGACCUCUCAAUCAAUGCCUUGGAGGACCCAAAGGAACAGGAAGAAAUACUAAAGAGAUAUAGUCUACUACGGAUGUUUCAUAACAUGAAGGAUGUGGGAUUUCUCCAAGUAAAGGUCAUCAGAGCAGAAGGCUUGAUGGCAGCUGAUGUUACAGGUAAAAGUGAUCCCUUUUGUGUAGUUGAGUUGAACAAUGAUAGACUGUUGACCCACACAGUAUACAAGAAUCUUAACCCUGAGUGGAACAAAAUCUUCACCUUCAAUAUUAAGGAUAUUCACUCAGUUCUUGAAGUGACAGUUUAUGAUGAAGAUCGAGAUCGGAGUGCUGACUUCCUGGGCAAAGUGGCUAUACCACUGUUGUCUAUUCAAAAUGGUGAACAGAAAGCCUACGUCUUGAAAAACAAGCAGCUGACAGGGCCAACAAAGGGGGUCAUCUAUCUUGAAAUAGAUGUGAUUUUUAAUGCUGUGAAAGCCAGCAUACGCACACUAAUGCCUAAAGAACAGAAGUAUAUUGAAGAAGAGAACAGAAUUUCUAAACAGCUUCUUCUAAGAAACUUUAUGCGUAUGAAACGUUGUGUUAUGGUUCUCAUAAAUGCUGCCUACUACAUAAACAGUUGCUUUGACUGGGAUUCACCACCGAGGAGUCUUGCUGCUUUUGUGCUCUUCCUUUUUGUGACUUGGAAUUUUGAGCUCUACAUGAUUCCUCUGUGCUUGUUGCUGCUGCUGACAUGGAAUUAUUUCCUGAUCAUAUCAGGGAAAGAUAACAGGCAACAUGAUACAGUAGUGGAGGACAUGCUAGAGGACGAGGAAGAUGAGGAUGACAGAGAUGACAAGGACAGUGAAAAGAAAGGAUUUAUGAAUAAGCUGUAUGCCAUCCAGGAAGUAUGUGUCAGUGUCCAGAACAUCCUUGAUGAAGUGGCUUCCUUUGGAGAAAGGAUAAAGAAUACAUUCAACUGGACUGUUCCAUUCUUAAGCUGGCUGGCCAUUGUAGCCCUCUGUGUGUUCACAGUCAUCCUGUAUUUCAUUCCACUGAGAUAUAUUGUCCUUGUCUGGGGUAUCAAUAAAUUUACAAAGAAGCUCCGAAGUCCAUAUGCAAUUGAUAACAAUGAACUACUAGAUUUCCUCUCCAGAGUUCCUUCAGAUGUACAAAUGGUGCAGUACCAAGAACUGAAACAAGACCCUACCCACAGUCCAAGUAAGAGGAAGAAAAACAAUCCUGGCUAGUCCAUUCCAUGUGCUGAAGAGACCAACAUCUGUUUGAGGGGGCUAAAAACAUAAAAUAUAAUGCCCAAAAUCUAAGGAGCUUUUCCUCUCUCUAAGCUUUAUUUAUUUUGCCAUUUAAUCAAAAUGGGGAAAGGUGUUAAAAAGCUGUACAAAUGGAUUUAUCAGUGAAAACAAACUUUCAGCUGUACGGAACAAUAAUGGAAGUUUCACAUCUAACUUAAUGCAGAAGCUUUGUUAGAUGAGAGCAUUCAUUUAUAGCAUGAAUGUAAAAUGGUUAGUGAUAGACACAUACAAUUGGAUAAGCAGAAGAAGUAGUAAUCUGAAUGUUUAAUUCAUGCGCUGGUUAAUUUUUAAAAACUCAGUGAAGGUUUGUGCAUGGAUUAUAUUUUUAUCCAUUUUUUAUUUUUAUUAAAUUAUAUUUUGUCCAUUUAACCAGAAUCACAAAGGAGAAAAGCCUGCUCAUACCUUUUAUCAAAAAAGAUGAUCUUCAAUUUAUACCCUGCUGCAAACCAUCUUUUUUUUAACUGACCAGAGCUUGCAUGAAGACAAGUAAGAUACACUAAAUGCAGAUGUCUUGCUGGAGCUCCAGAGAUUUAAAGAUUUUCUUAACACUUUUAUCAUUCCAUCACAAGACUUUUUGAGGGCAGAAUACCUGUACCUAAAAUACUGCCAGGUUUAUAACUGAUUGCAUAUCUAACUUUUUAUAUUGCCACUGAUUUUGAUUUAUAAUUAACUAGCCUAGUGAACAACAGUCAAUAUAUAAUUCAGCAGUAAAAUAACUAUCCAAAUAAAACCAUUUUGCUUCAGGUGUCAGGUCAUUUUGGGUUUCAUAGUAUGACAUUUUAGCAGUUGCUCUGGCAAGAUGAAAAGUUAAUAUGGAGCAGAAUUUAUAUACCUGUUUUGUUCUUCAGUAAUUAGUUCUUCAGAUAUUUAAGGGCCCUCUUUAUGUCGAAGAUUUUGUGGCUGAAAAGAAAAUAUGGUUUACAUUUCAAAAUAGUGCCAUUGCAUUAUGAGAAGCUAGAAAUACAUAUUUAAGCUGUGACUUGUAAUGAUCUUGAGUUGAAUCCACAUACCGAAGGAUCUUAUAAUAUGACAUUAAAUCCAGCAUUGCGUUGGUGGAAGUCUGCUGCUGCAAUAAGAUUUUUUCUUCCCUUUCUUCUCCUCUGGCAACCCUUAGCACUGUCAGUCAGGGUUCCCCUGAGCAGAAUUUGAGGUGUGCAAGGGCCUCUGCUAGGAAGGCAGGAAGGGAAAAAUUCUUCUCCUGUUCUGCUGAUGGAAGCAGUUCUCUCAGUGCACUGACUUCAGUGGAUACAACCCCAUUGUCCUUGCAGAAAUUUUCCACUUAGAUAUCAAAAGUCCAAGUAAGAAUGAAGAGAUUUUUUUCCUUUGAGGGGAAACGUGAUUCCAUGCUCUUCAUGCAGGGCAUUCGGCCUGAGUUGUUUGCCUAUCAAGUUCUAUUGCACUACUAUGGUACUUUCCCCCCUAGAAAGAUAUUAAACAACAUAUGCACAGGAAGAUGUAUAUACUAAAGGUAUUCUUAAACUGCAUUUCUCAUGAAAGCUGAUUUUGCAGAUUAUUUUUAUCUGAGUUUCUUUGUACAAAAAAGCAACAGAUCUCUAUUUUGGUCUUGCCUAUUUAUACAGUAUGCUUGAAAGAAUGCCAAACAAGUUGUAUAUCUGCAGGGAGGGCUUCUUCUGGCUGUGUAGCCAGGUGAUUGUGACUUAUUUAUUAUGCAGAUAUAAGCAGGUCCUAUCUGUUUUAUUGCUGAUGAGCAAUAUGCAUUAAUGAAGCCACCCUAUUGAAGAAUCUCUAUCAUUGUGAAUUCUUUCUUUGGUCUGUAUUAUUUUGUUCACUGUGAAAACAUGCUAUGUAAUACAAGAAGACAUUCCUCUAAUUUGUUCACUUGCUAUUGUCUAACAUUCUUUGGACAUUUCUUUUUCUCACAUUUUUCACAUUUCCUGUACAAAAUGUGCUUCCCUAACUUAUUUAGGCCAUUAAAAUCAUAUGAGAAACAUCUGGAUUUUACUGUGUGAAAUACUACAGAAUAAAUAAGAUAUAUAAUCCACCUGACACCCACAUGCACACAAGGUUCACAGAAAGCAAACAGGUUUUCUGUCCACUUGCUUUGGACAUAGACCAGAAAAUAAAAAGGAUACUGAAGACUGUAUGGUAAAAAAAAUUACUGUCCAUGAAAAAUAUUGUCACGUGAACACCUUCUCUUGAGCACCCCUUCAGGCUUACAGGUAGGAGAAUCUAUUGGUCCACCUAAAGAGGAAUUCUGUUUCCCACAGUGGACAACUGAAUACCAGUGGGAAGACCACAGACAGAGACUAGUAUCCU